GUAAAAACAAGGCUACAGGGGUAAUUAAAAGAAACAGCGCUUGGGAAUCAUGAUGAAUGCACAGUUUCGUUCCAUAGAUCAUUUUGAUUGUUUACUAAUUAAUCGCUUGAAAACGGGUGAAGUUCAUGAUUGUUUCGUGCCAGAUAAUCUAAAUGUUUCCAAGCCACAAGGAUGUGUUUGCAGUUUAGCCUAAUAACUAUAGCUAUAACGUGAUAUCAUUGACUUACAGUGAACUGCGGUAUUGUAACUUGAUCCGUGCUUGUGUGAUAUCAUCACAUUUGAGAGGGUAUACUUGUGCUGUCAGUGAUAUUGCUCAUCACAUGUUCUUUCAUUCUCAUCUCUCCCUCUAUCUCUCUGAGUCGAUCAUAACAACGACAACCAAGUACUCCAUAAAUUGUUUUCAUACUUUCGGUUUAUGCGGGUCAAUAUGAGCUAUCGCUUUGUCAUAUUGCCUUGAUGAGGACACUUAUGGUCAAGCAUAUAGAUCAUGUAUGUUGACUGAUUCUUUACAACAGUCACUAGCCUCGAUCGAGAGAGUUGUGGGAAGAACUCGUACAAAAUAAUACUUUUAUCGGUGAGUCUUGCCAUUUAUUUGGAGAAUGGGUGUUGGGAAUAAGAAGCGCGUCGAUGAUGAAGACGUCCAGGGACACGACGAGGGACAAGGAAAGAAUUAUGGCAAAGCCCGUCCCCACGACCCAACCUUUAAAGGACCGAUAGAGGAUCGUAGCUGUACGGAUAUCAUCUGUUGUCUGAUCUUCCUGGCGUUUCUAGGAGGACAGGGUUACAUCGCCUAUCUGGCUUUCACGACAGGUGAUCCAAGUACCAUCAUCCACCCUACCGACUCACAAGGUGAGAUCUGCGGAGUGGCACCAGGGAAGACAAACCUGACGAGUCUGUUCUUCUUUGAUUGGUUGGCUUGUUUCUCCUACUCCACUCUCAUCACUCUCCAAUGCGCCACGCCUCAGGUUUGCGUUGAUAGCUGUCCUACAGAGACCUACUCCAUCCCCUCUAGGUAUCCGAUCCAGUGGGCUUCGGGCACACACGAGAAUGUCAAUUGGAAUGACUUCAUCUGCCAGUAUGGAGUCGACCCGGAGAACGAGGUCGUUAAUGGAGGACUUACCAUCGCUGAUCUUCUUAAUCAGGAGCUGUGUGCGACGUAUUACGUGCAAAGCAAACCUCUGUUUGAAAGAUGUAUGCCAGACUUCCUUGUGGCGAAUGUGACAGACAUGCCGUCUGAGACUCCAAAUGGACGCAACAUCACCCAAGAGAACGUCGAUGUCUUCACCAAGUUUAUCAACUACGUCCAACAGUCUGAGCAGAUACAGAGCGUGGUCGAUGACUUCAAGUCAACGUGGCCAUACAUCGUAGCAGCCCUGGGCAUCGUCGUCCUCGUCUCCUUCUUCAUCCUGAUCCUCAUGAGAUGGUUGAUGGAUAUCGUGGUGUUUGGAUCUAUUGUAUGUCUCUUUGGUUUGCUUGCAUGGGGGAUGUACUAUUGCUACGAUACUUGGCUAUGCUACAGGGAUGGAGAGACUGCAUGCUACUCCAUGCCUAUCAAUGAUCCUUUCAAUCUCUUCAGUUAUCUCCAAUCUGAAAAUACUUGGCUCACCUUCGCCAUCAUCUUGACAGUGAUCGCUGCCAUCUUGCUACUUCUGUGCUUGGUGUUGUUCAAUAGGUUUCGUCUUGCAGCUAAGAUGCUAGGUGAGGCAAGCGAAGCAGUAGGUAUGAUGCUGAGUACAUUAGCAUGGCCGCUGUUACCUUUUGUCUUUCAGUUUGGCUAUGUGGCGUUCUGGGCGUUUGUAGCUGUCUACUUAGCUUCUGCUGGUGUUGCAGUAUUCGAGAUAUCCAAUGCACCGAGUGGUUCGCCCUUAUCGAAUGGUACGACUUGUGAUCAACUGACGUUCAAUUCUUCACUGUAUGCCCCUGCGACCUGCCAGUUCGUCAGCUAUGGCUUGCCUUCGUACACCAUCUAUCUGCAGAUUUACGGCGUAGUGGGAUUGUGGUGGAUGCUCAACUUCUUCAUUGCUUUAGGGGAAGUAACACUUGCAGGAGCAUUCGCUUCCUACUACUGGGCUUUCACAAAACCCCAGGAUAUCCCAGGCCUCCCGCUGGUCUACUCUUUCUGGCGAGCCAUCCGCUAUCACCUGGGCUCUAUGGCAUUCGGCGCUCUCAUCAUUACAAUCGUCCAACUUAUCAGAGCGCUCCUUGAACUCAUUGAAGAUAAGACAAAGGAUGCCAGUAACGUUGUGACUAAAUUCAUAUUCUGUUGUUGCAAAUGUGGCUUUUGGUGUCUUGAGAAGUUCCUUCGUUUCAUCAACAAGAAUGCAUACAUCGAGAUUGCCGUCUACGGUCGCAACUUCUGUUCGUCGGCAGCCAGUGCUUUCAAUCUCCUCAUGCGUAACAUCGUCCGUGUAAGCGUCCUAAAUGGCGUCACUGGUUUCAUGCUCUUUCUCUUGAAGUCUUCAAUCGUUGUUGGCAUCUCAGUGGGUGCUUUCUACUUCUUCCAGCUUCAAGUAACAUCGGGAGGUAACACCUUUUAUGUUGUACCGGAAAUCAAUAACAUCUGGGUGCCUAUUACCGCUAUCGCGAUCGUGUCUUUCUUCAUCACGACAGCGUUCUUUGGAGUGUAUGACAUGGCAGUCGAUACACUCUUCUUGUCUUUCCUUGAGGACUUAGAGAGGAAUGACGGAUCACCUGAGAAGCCUUACUACAUGUCGAAGGGUCUCAUGGACUUGGUUGGAAAACACAACAAGAAACAAAAGAAACACAAGGACGAGUGAAUGUCAAAUCAGAAUUGCCGGUUAAAUCUAAUCCAAAAAGACUAAGACAGGAACGAAUCCGACAUCAAGAAUUGAUAAUUAGUCAAUUUAGGUUUGUUUAUUGAAUUAGAUUUUGAAUCUGAUUUGCAUUCGUCAUGCUACAUCAAACAGAUUGUUUCAAAUGCGUUUGUUUUACUUACGUUUGAGCAUAAAAUUGACGAUAAAAGUGUAAAUUUGCAAAAGCAUUUUUCUAAAAGUAAUGAAUGGCUUUAUAGUGAUGAGAGAGUGCUCGGCAAUUGAGCAAUACUUUCAUGUGUAAUUGGUGUUGAGUUGAUGUUUUCACUUUCACCAUUAUUUGAUGACUUCAGCAAUUAUAUCUUUCUAAUUAGAGGCGGCGCCUAAAACUGAGACGGGAGGCAAGGGUUGACUGCUCGAUGAUUUUUCAAGCGAUCUUUAAAAAAGAGGACUUUUAAAAAAGAAGCGAAAGGGAAGAAAGAAAAAAGAGAAUACUGAAAAGAAUGGCCCUGUCGAGAGUUAAUAUGAUAGCACUAACAUUUCAUUGAAAAGGUAAAUAACGUCACGUCUAAGUUCCCAUUCCAAAUUAAACGCUGACACAGCCCCUGUUUCACUGUAUAAUGCAGUUCAAAUAAUUAUCACUUGUUAAUGCCAGCUAAAUCUCCAUAAUUUAUCGAAAAGUGAAAAAAGUACUAAUAAAUUAAGUCAUGUGCAUUGGGUUGAUAUCUUAACACUUCAAUACAACUUUUUUGUGUUUCUUUUGCGGUGAAAACGACGAAUGGUUUCCUGAAUCGUUUAGCAGAAAAUCACAAUAAAUCUUUCAAGUUUUAUUCCGUGUUCCAUGGACAAGGUACGUCCAUUCAAAUAUAUUUUGUAGUAAAAAUGUAGGUUAAGGCUUCCUCCCAUUUCAUAAUUUGAAUGUUUAAAAUUAAAAGGUGGUAAUGGUCAAGAGAUUUCGGGUGUACAACAGAAUCCAUUUUUUUAGGGAAAUUUGAUUUAUCAAUAAAAUAACACUCGUCACCUCUCUGAACCUCGUUAACCUCAAUCUAUUUUGAGAUGUCUUAAAAUAUAAUAAAGGUAAAGUCACGUAUUUAGACGGGGGAGAUGUUACAACAUAUCACCGAACAAUAAACAAAUAAAAAUCGGUACGCUGCUUGAAUCUACCGGGAAUUUCCAUAAUUUACUAAACGAAGACGUUUUUGCGGGCUAACCGUCAAACUUUCUCUCCAUGCCGUUUUGUUGACGACGAGCAAUGCAGAAAGUAGUUUGUUAACCAAAAUUGUUGAAUUUAUGUAAAUGCAUGGUAUGGAAAGGGAACUGUGUUUUACAUUGGUUAUUUUUAUUUUGGAUUGGCGUAUAACAAUGUAUGUAGAUCUCUCUGCUCUUUAUUAUUAAAAAGCAGAGGCCUUGAUGCAUGUACAUUUGAUUUCCUCACUGAAAAAUCCAGAUAUUGUCCGCCAAAUGAUGUUCAAAUUGUUUUAAUAACUGUGAAAGACACAUCAAACGGGUUUUAAUGGAUAAGAGGAGAAUCGAAAGCUCUGUAACAAGUCAUUUAUUAAUUGCAACAAAGUUAUUAUAAAACAUUAAUUAGUUAAUGCUGGGACGCACUUUGGAAGCACGUAUUGGUAUUUUCAUUAUUAUACUUCAAAGAAUUAUAUAACUGAAAUUGUGACUCUGUAUAUCUUUCAUAUUCGAAUCAUGCUUAUGAUUUGUACUGCAAAAA